AUGGCCGGGUCACUACAAAAGUACCCUUCGCCGCUUAGCGGCUUUGAGGACGCCGCACCACUACCAACAGACUUGGGUGAAGAUGGAAAGAGCUUUGUGAAUCCUCAACGAGAGGGCCUCAGCGACAGCUACGAGAAAUUCACUGCACCGUUGGAUAAUGGGACGAGAGGUGGCUUCGAUAUUCACAUUUACCAUUUCCAGAACAACCCCGCGCAGGUGAAGCAUGCAAAGGACCUGUGGGAGCGCAUCAGGAGAGAGUUCCCUGAGCUUCGAGUGUACCGCUUCUGGGACAAGCCCAUUGGUCCUCACCCUGUCGCCAUGUUCGAGGUCAACCUGUUCACGCCGGCUCAAUUUGGCGCAUUUAUCCCGUGGCUGGCUAUCUACAGAGGUCCCUUGUCAGCACUUGUGCAUCCCAACACCGACGAAGAGGGAAAUGAGGCGGCCGUCGAGCUGAGGAACCACACGGAGCGGGCCAUUUGGCUUGGAGAGAGGAUCCCCCUUGACUUGACUGGCUUUCAACCCUGA